CACUACCUACAUAUUUCUCUAGGGAAGCAUACAGAUUAUUCUCGCAUCAACAUACCACCACAUCGAUACUCCCUUAAUACUCACCUACCAAUCGAUCUUACAUUCACGCCUAACCUGAGCGGCUGCUUCAAAAAGACAGAAAAUGACAUCCAGAAAUAUCCCCCACCUCCUAGAGCCAUUGCUCGAGAUUGAGCCGUCCCAGUCACAAUCUCAAAUCCUCCUAACGGGCAUCCUCGGCGCCAACACCAACUGGCUCCUCCUCCGCUACCUGUACACCUUGCUCAAAUCUUCUUCCGCAUCCAGAUCCUCUCCCCCCUCACGCCCACCAGCAGCAGCAGUAUCGCAACCCCAAGGCCAAAGACGUCUGGGCACCCGCAUGCCGAUAGCUGCCGAGCCGGAAUUCGAGCUACGCACUUCCACCCACGCGCAACAACAACAAAAUGGAGGAGAUGCUGGUGAUCAGGGUGAGAGUGGGAAUGAAAGUGUGGGAGUGUUGCUGGUGAGCUUCCUCCGCGACUUUGCGUUUUGGAAGGAGAGCGCGGGCAGGUUGGGCCUUGAUCUGGAGGGGUUGGGGAGGAGGGGGAAGUUGGGCUUUGUUGAUGGGCUUUGUGUGGGGUUUGGGUCGUCUGGUUCUGAUGGGGAGGGUGGUGUUGUUGGUGGCGGAGGAGGGCUUCCGGUGAGAAGACCUCCGGUGCCAUUGGCGGCGACUGGGGGGUCAUCAGCAGGAGCAACAGGAGCAGUGCCGGGACGAGGACCACCACAAGCACCACGACCUGCUACAACAACAACAACAACAACCACCACCGGGGGAUCAUCGUCACAAAGACCCGUCGAAGGAGAAAGGUGGAAGCGCUCUCUUCCCAGUUUGGCAGUGGCAGACGUGAGCAAGACGCUGCACUCUGCUUUGGAUGAGCUGUGCCAGAAGAAUAAGAAGGUUGUGUUGGUUAUUGACCAGCUCGACUUUUUGCUGGCGGCUACGUCGGAUGGGAACGGGUUGGUUUCAUCAGCUUUGCAGGAUUUGCUGUUGGAUCUCAGAGAGAAAUCACAUGCUACCAUACUCACGCUGUCCGCCGACGACCCAUUGAUCGCUUCGCAGGUGACCACACUUGACAAGGAUCACGCGUCGUUUGUUUUGUCACUGGCGCAUGAAGCAGAGAUGGUUGUGAGCCUCCGAUUGCUUGAUACUGGCAUCGCGAAGGAUGUGAGUGGUGUGGUCAGGAUUACGCGUGGCGGAGACAGUGGCGGCGAGAAACAGAUAGAGGAGAAGGAGUAUCUGUAUCAUGUCGGGGGAGAUGGUAGUGUUCGGGUUUUCGAAAGGGGGCAGUAAGUAGCUGGUGGGUAUCAGGCCUGAUAUUGAAAUUGAUAAUCAUCACACAUCACG